AUGUGGGGACCUAAAGCAAUUAAAGUACCUCCUGAGGAUCCAGAGGAGUUCUCUGUCAUAGCAAUUCAAGUUCCCUUUGGUUCUUUAGCUAACCAAGAACGUUCAGAGAGUCAAUCAUUUGAUACGGUAGUUCUUGAACCUACUAAACUUUGUUACAGACCAAGUCGAAAGGGAAGAGUUCUACCCCAACCAAUAAAUCCGACAAAUGUGUCCCGGCACUUGAAUAUAAGAAAAAAGGUGAUUGUGCAGAAGCUCCAUCAAGAAAAAGAGGUGAUUGCGGCAUGGGUCAGAAAAAACCGACGUUUUUGUUGCAGAAUCUCCGUCAAAGAAAAAGAAUGUCCCUGCAGCAGCCACAAAUCAGAAGAAAAGAAACGACUUAGCCCUUGCUGUAAUUCGGAAAAAAGGGAUGACUGUUUUACAACAGAGAGUCCAAAGAAGAGGGACGACCGCCGCCUAGCUGCGGUGCAUCACAAGAAAAGAGACGACACUUUAACAGAUGAGAGCUCUGAGGAAGCUAGUGGCCGCAGGAAGCAUCAUAGGCUAUGGACUAUUUCCGAGGUCAGAAAAUUAAUCGAGGGUGUUUAAUACGGAGUUGGUAGAUGGAGUCGAAUAAAGAAGCUCUUCUUUGCAGCAUCCGCUCAUCGCACAUCCGUAGAUCUCAAGGACAAAUGGCGGAAUCUGUUGAAAGCCAGCGGUAUGCAGGAACAAGGGAGUCAGCAGGGAGAGAAGAAACGGAAUGUGGCGUGGCGGCCCUCUGCCAAAGCCCAUCCUGCGCCCGCGCUGGAACGGGGCGACAAUGCAUCCUUACCCGAAAGGGGAGGGGGGCGACAAAGGUGCUGCGCGCGAUUUCACACGGAUAUAACGCUGAGUGACUACAGAAGAAUCCUAAGUAGUGUUAAUGGGAACUGA